UAUCUGCGUGAAAAAAAAUAGCGUGAACCGGCGACGGAGUUUAUUUUGAACAGAUAUUUUCCCGCUCAGAAUUCGCCGCGUCGUAGUUGUCACGGGUCGAUCUGGCAUUUGUGUCGCUAGUGAUUAAAUACCAGCAAUUAGAUCUCUAGCUCGUGGGUCAGAUAUUGUGGACGGUAAGUAUAUCGCAAAGUACCUUGUACACAGUCGGUAAUGUGUACCAACUGAAAACCAGCGCCCGACUGAAUCAAAUUUACCGACUUGAUAUUUUCUACGUUAUCGUGUGGGUAGUUUUCGUAUUCCCGGCCAAUUGAGAAUCGAGGUCAGAAAAAAAUGAGCAUCUCAAGAUUCAUAAAAAUUCGAAGGUACAUCAAGUACGAAUGCGACUUUCCGGUUCAGUGUGGUAUCUUCUGUCGCAUUUUUCCGAUCUCAUUAGUGCUGAGAAUGCGGAGGAAUUGACUCAUGAAAAUCGAGAUCUGGAACCAGAUGCAGUUGCGGACAGUGAGAGGCUUUUGUCAAGCCUGGGCGACGGAACUUCGUCAGCUUCGUUAAGUCAGGGACAACGAUCCAUUUUCACCCGGACCAUCUCCAUGGCCAAGGCUAAUCUCCCGGUGACAAGGUGGAAGUCGCAGCGGGGUUUCAAAAACGAAACAACCAACAAGAACAGAGGCAAGAAGAAUAAAAUACCGGUAGCGAUGCAGCCUCCCGAACGCCUUGACCUUGUGAAGUUGCCGCCAGAUAGACUGAAUACGGAGUGCGUUAUUGUCCCCCAACAAGGUGAAAAAUCUCAGGGGAAGAAGAAGGGUAAAUAAUAAAGUGGACGGCAUUAAACAGCUGUUUUACUGCAAAUUAAGGAAAAAAAUAACUCUCGAAUAUCGGGCAUUAUGCUGUACGAUGACGGAGACGUGGUUUAUUGUUAAAAUACCGGUUUACACCUGCAUAGAAGAGAUAUUUUUCUAGCGAAGGCGGCAUGAUCGAUUAAAUUUAUCUCUGUACCGACCUUGUUUACGAUCUUGGCAUGUGGAAUUUACAGUGAACGAGAAACGUCUGACAUCGCCUUGAAGUAUUCCCAGCAUGGAAAAACAACAAGGCGACAAAAUUGAUCGUCGAACAAGUUUGUUUUUUUCUGAUUCAAUAUAAGUAUUAUGUCUGAGAACAAAACUUAGUAUUUGGGAGUUUCCAAAUUUUUAUGUACAAACGAAUAAACCAUCCCCAAUAUUAAAA